UCCUAGCACUCUGGAAACUGAAGUUGUUUGCAACAAAACUGACGUACCAGACACUGUUCAGGAAGAGUUAGUAGUAAUAUCCAGUAACGAGGACAGCGGUGACUCCUUAGAUAAGAUCUAUGCACGGAUUGAAAUGCCAACCAAGACUCCAGCAAAGGGGAAGGAACCUCUUGUUCAAGAUGCUCUUCUUACAUCUGGUGGCUCAAACAGUUUCACCCCUAUUCCUGAGCCACAUAAGAAAAGGAUUGUCAAACCAGCACAAAAUCAAAAGUCACCAUUCCUCGGAUGUAGCAAGAAGGAGACUGCUUCGAAGUUUGCAAAUGAAGUCUACGAGAGGCUUUGUUCUUACGGUGGGGAAACUAAAGAUGACAUCAACAAAAGUAAAAUCAUUGACGAUGGGAAAUACUUCAUAUACGUCCGAGACCUAGCAGAUUCAGUUAGGCCUGGAGCUUGGUUGAGCAACUCUACAUGCGAAAUGGCAAUCCGUGUUCUUGCUCCAGAGUUGGCAAAGCAGAAAAAACAUGUGAUGCCAUUAAUUCUUGCGACCAAAUUAAGGAAGGCGACGUGCAUUAAUGACAGAGUGGUUACCAAAGCAUUCAAAAUGAAUUCAGAAAAUCGUCUUGACCACAAAGAGCAGGUUAUGUUCCCAGUUCUGCAAGACCUCACUCCUGAUAUCAAACAACACACUGGUCACUACUAUCUGAUUGUGUUGAACCUAAAGGCGGAAAGGUUCGAGGUGAUGGAUUCACUUAGAGCGAAAGGCAAUCGCGUACUGGUCAAAGACUACAGGUUAAUUAUUGGAUCAAUCAAGUACCUGUGGGCUAAAAACUACAGUGAAUCUACCAUAAACAUUGAAAAUUGGGUGACAGAGCACAUCGACACCCCAAGGCAGAAAACAACGUGCAAUUGUGGAUUCUUCAUGCUUAAGGCCAUUGAGCUAUGGAAUGGAAGGAAAAUGACUGCAGCGAUCAACCCAUCUGACAUGCCCGACAUUAGGAAGCAGUCCACACUUAAGUGGCUGGAAUGUGUUGACAACAAGAUAGAGUGGCAGGAACUCCUUUUCUAAGCACAUUUCGAUGUUCUAAGGGAACUUCAUCUCAAUUCAUCAUGUUCAGGCUAGUAUUAACUGGUGCCUUCAACAUAACCUAAUGUUGCAGUCCAAAAA